AACAUGUAAGUCCAAAACUGGUUCGACUGCAUAAUAGUGGAAGUGGGGGUGACUUACCACCACCUGGUCCAUACAACUGCCCCCCCAACGUGUCCCAGUCACAGCAGGAACAUGACCCUGACCGGGUGGCCCUUAUUGCUUUUCCUGAUGAGGGUGUGCCACCCACAUAUGAAGAGGCUGUAAGGCACCGACCAGCAAUCAUGUUUGAGCCUCAUGGAGGAAACUCAGGAGGUCGAUACACACCACACAGCCAUCGAAGUAGAGGACACAGGGUGGUGGUGCCGGGUGUACGGCGAUCACGUCACAGAGACAACCCAGACAACAUCUCUUACCAGUCUAUUGGAUCAGCUCGUCAAUCUUCCAGCACAUCUCGCUCCAUGAGCAUGCGCAGCUGGUCAGCAUGUGACAGCCUGGGGUCAACUGACACUGUUGCAGUUAGUGACUCGACAAAUGUGACAGUUGAUACUCAGAGCUCUGGAGGACCCAGUAGUGGCACCUCACAAGCUCCCUCUUGUCGUGCCUUAGCUGGCUCACUGGCAUCGUUUGACACAUCUUCUCUUGUUAAUAAUGAAGGUAUGAUCUAGAGUCCAAUAAGUGGAGGCUCCUAGUCUUAUGAAUUGGAAAAAAAAAAUGUUUACAUUGACUCUGAACAGUUGUAGAGUUAUAAUUCUUAAGAUGAAAAGGUUUAGCUUAUGUGAGGGCCAAUAAUACGUCAAAUGGGCAACUCAGUGCCCACCUUAGGAAGUGAUACCUUUCAAAACCUGCCUGACUAUGAAGGUGAACUCUCAUCUCAUUGGUAGGAACACCAGAAUUGGUUUAGACACAAUACAUAUAAAGCAUUGGCUGUUAAAAUAUCACAAGAGUAUUGUUAACAUAUGACUUGUCUCUUUCCUUCUGCCAUAGAGUAUAUAUAUUUUUUUUUAGUUCUUGAGAUUUGGGUUCUUCAACUUUUUUUAUAUAGUACAGUACAGUAUGCAUUUUUUCUAUCUUUGGAAUAAGAAUAUUUUGUGGAGGCUGAUGAUUUAUAAAUAAAAUGCAAAUAAAAUAUCUUAAAUAUUUGGGAGAUUAUGGAUUGGCUGCAUUAGAUUUUUUCCUUCUCGGGUAAGAAAAAUUCUCAGUCAUACGUUUUUUAAAAUAUGAUUAACAUACUUCUGGAAUCAGAGAUGAAAACCCUGAAUGUUUUUAUUUCUACUGCUUAGGCAGUGUUUGGGUGUGAGGUCAUUUGUUGAGUUGACCUGUGUAUUUUUAUGCUGAAUGAAACAAGUGCUUUCUUAUGUUGCAUGCAUGCAUACUUAUUAAGGUCACAUUCAUUACAAGUACAGUACUGUACUGCACAGUAUUGGUAAUAGAGUGUCAGUGUUUUUCAGCAGAUGACCAUACUUAUUAUCCCAUUCACAUAUACUGAACUUAUGAUAAGUUUUUCUGCUGGAACUUGGCAUGUACAUUAUGCUCCCUUUAUGCAUGAAGUCCUUCAGGCUUAUUUUUUUUUAGCAUGGGUGUUCACACCAAAAUAUAGUUAUUUUCUCUUCAGUUUGACAGUACAGUACUGUAUUGGCUUCAGAAUCAUUAGGUUGUCACAUAAGCUAAAGAAAAAUAGAAAUAUAAUUACAGUGCAAUAUGUUCUCCUAUAACAUGUUAGUUGCAUUCUUGAAAAACACCACAUUAUAGAAAAUUAUAUUGUCAUAACAAUUGUUUCAAUGGGAAUUAAGGAGUAGUAGGUUCGAGAGCACCAACUUAACUGACAACUGACCAAUAUGGGACACCACUUUCACACUCUUAUUAGGUUUUAUGUGUUCUUUUAUGAUAACUGUGUUUUAGUUUAAUACGUAAUAUCAUUCAUUAAUAGAAUAAAAACAUGACAAGUGGGAAGAAUGCCUGUGACAGUGAGUUAGUGUAGUUGCUACGCAACUAGAAAAUGGAGCUGUGAAAGAGGGUGCAAAACAAAUACACUGUAUGUUGAAAUAAUACGGGAGUGUGACCCUCUUAGCAGUUUUUAAUGAUAUAACCUUUUAAAAAAAAUUUUUAACCAUAGCAAAUGUAAAUGAACUAUAAAAAAAUGUUUUAACACUCACCACAAGAAGAGAAGACGUUUAUUUGAGAUGAGUGGUGGAGGAGCACAUGAGGGCUCAUCCCACUUUAUCACAUCUAAUUUGUAUUCUAAAGUUAUAGCUUUUCUUUUUUUACUUCACUUCCACUGCCACCACUACCAGAAUACUUUACACCCUUGCCACAUAUUGUAAUUAAAAGCAGUUAAGUUGAUAAUACUGAACUGUACUUUUACUAAGAUAAAGCACAGUCCUCGAUAACAAAUGUCCAAUAAGUGUGGAAGAUAAACAAUGACUACGGGGUGGCGCAACGCUUUUUGUGAUGUUAAACCAAGGCGACACUGUAACAGCUGACUGUAUUCCUACUUUGAGUGACAUAAUUCCAUUUACUCAAUCGUGUUAUAUCCAAAUCGCAUCUGCCAUGUCCAUGUUAUAGAAAAUGUGUUCCCUAAUACAUUCCUUGUGUUAUGUUGGGUCUUGAAGAAAACAGCAGGAUUUUGUAUGGUUUAAUGAAUCUAGAGAAAAUGUAAGCAAAAAGUCAUUGAGGCCUCAACUGCCCUUGACAGCCACUGGUGCCUGACCCCACCACCCAAUAUGUAGUACAGCUCGACAUCCUCUCUCUAGUCCGGCAACCUCGGGACCUGACCAUGGAAAUUCACCCUUUUCCUGGAUAGAUAGUGACUUGUGCUUAUGCUUGGAAGCACUAGCACCA